ACCUUCCCACUGCCUGCUCAGCCCUUUUCCUGUGGGAUGGUGCUUGUGCGGAGGGAGGGUCCAGGGCGGCUGCGAGGGCUGUGCCUGCCCGUCCAGGUGUGCGAGGGAGGAAUGAAUGCCAACCCUGCGUCACGGGCACCCCCUCCUCCCUCCCAGCUGGGAUAAAGCUCGUCCUCACCUGGGGUCCAAUCUCAUUUAUCGCAGCUCCCACCUUUCCUCCCUGCCAGCCCCUCGGGAGGAAGAGGCGGUAGCCCCGGGACAGCGAGGGGAGCGAGAACAAAGUCGAUAAUUGACUGGAGGGUACAGAAAUCGGCGGGGAGUUAUGUGGGAUCGCGGGCUCGCUGCCCUCCCCGCCGGACCGGGAGUUGACGUUUAACCGGAAAGAGAAAAGGGACAGAAAAUAGAGAGGAGGGAGGGAAAAAAAAAAAAAAAAAAAAAGAAAAAAGAAAGAAAGAAAAGGCCAAAGCUGGAAAUCAAGUUGCAGCAGUGAACCAGCACGUUCCCCCUCUGCCUUUGGAAGAAUUUCUUGGCUUGGUGUGUGGGUGCCUGUUAUUCGGGCUGCGGCAGAGGAUUUGGACACUGAGUCAGACCCAGCGCUAAUGAGGAGGAAGAGGAUGGAUGUGCCGGUGCCGGCGUGUGCCAGGCUGCUCCUCCUGUCCCUGCUCUGUGCCACCGGCCUCUGCCAAUGGAACAAAAAUAACCGCUGUGUGCUGUCCCGGGCAAAGAGCUGCACCGAGUGCAUCCGAGUGGAUAAGGACUGCUCCUUCUGCACCGACGAGAGCUUUGAGGAGCCGCGCUGUGACUUGCGGGACAACCUGCAGCGUUACGGCUGCGGGGAGAGCAGCAUCGUGAGCACCCGCGGCGAGAUGCAGACACAGAAGAAUUCCAGUAUCAACAUAUCCCUGAAGAGGACCCAGGUGUCCCCCCAAGGCAUGUACCUGCGGCUGCGAGCUGGGGAGGAGAUGAGCUUCAACAUGGAUGUCUUCCAGCCCUUGGAGAGCCCUGUGGAUCUCUACAUCCUCAUGGACUUCUCCUACUCUAUGUCUGAUGAUCUGGACAACCUCAAAAGCAUGGGCCAAAACCUAGCGGAGUUCCUGCAAGAACUGACCUCCAAUUACACCAUCGGAUUCGGCAAGUUUGUGGACAAAGUCUCUUCCCCUCAGACAGACAUGAGACCCGAGAAGCUGCGUGAGCCCUGGAACAACGCCGACUCCCCCUUCUCCUUCAAGAACGUCAUCCGCCUGACCAGCAACAUCAACCACUUCAGCCAGGAGCUCCGCAAGGAGCGCAUCUCCGGCAACCUGGAUGCCCCUGAGGGCGGCUUUGAUGCCAUCCUGCAGACAGCUGUUUGCAAGGAUAAGAUUGGCUGGAGAAAGGACAGCACUCACCUGCUCGUGUUCUCCACCGAAUCUGCCUUUCACUACGAAGCUGAUGGUACCAACGUCCUGGCAGGGAUCCUGGCAAGAAACGAUGAGCAGUGUCACCUAGACAGCCGUGGCACCUACGUGUAUGACACCAAGCAGGACUAUCCUUCAGUGCCCACCCUGGUGCGCCUGUUGGGCCAACACAACAUCAUCCCCAUCUUUGCUGUCACCAACCACUCCUACAGCUACUACGAGAAGCUGCACAAGUAUUUUCCCAUCUCUGAGAUUGGGGUGCUCCAGGAGGACUCUUCCAACAUUGUGGAGCUGAUCCGUACAGCCUUUGAGCGCAUCCGCUCCAAGAUGGACAUUAGGGCUGACUUCACUCCCAGGGCCAUGAAGACAGAGUUCACCUCCACGAUGUAUGAAAAGACAGAAUCUGGCUCCUUCCACAUCACCCGUGGGAAAGUGGGCAAGUUCAAGAUGCAUGUGAAGGCACUCGAGUACGUGGGUGGGCAGCACGUGUGCAGCCUCCCCGAGAGGGACCGGCAGGGAGUUAUCCAAGUGAAACCCACAUCCCUGAGCGACAGCCUCACAGUCUCAGCCUCGGUCGUCUGCGACGUGUGUCCUUGUGAACAGCAACAAGAGCUGAAUUCACCCAAGUGCAGCUUCCAUGGGAACUUUGUUUGUGGGCAGUGCAUCUGCCACCCGGGCUGGCGAGGGGACACGUGCGACUGCUCCCCGGCAUCGUCCCCCAACAACGAAGCCUGCAUCCGCCCCGGGGACGUGGAGCCGUGCUCGGGAAGGGGCGAGUGCCUGUGUGGGAAGUGCCAGUGCUACUCCGAGGACCUGGUGCAGCGAUUCGACGGGGCCUUCUGCGAGUACGACGUCCUGCAGUGCCCCCGCACCUCCGGCUUCCUCUGCAACGAUCGUGGUCGCUGCUCCAGGGGCGCGUGUGCGUGUGAGAGCGGCUGGGAGGGCCCGGGCUGUGAGUGUCCCACCAGCAACGACACCUGCAUCGACAGCAGAGGGGGCAUUUGCAACAACCAUGGGAGGUGCGAAUGUGGCAGAUGCAUCUGUGACAUGGCCUCGCUGUACACCAGCUCCACCUGUGAAAUCAGCUACUCCCUGGGCUUCCAGGCUGUGUGCGAGAGCAUCCGGGACUGCGUCCGCUGCCAGACCUGGGGAACGGGCAGCUUGAAAGGGAACUGCAGCACCUGCCACCUCCAGAUCCAAAUGGUGGAAGAGCUGAAGAAAGAGGAGGCUGGUGAGUACUGCUCCUUCCAGGAUGAGGAUGAUGACUGCACCUACCACUACUCCCUGGAGGGAGACCCCAGUGUCCUCCCCAACACCACCGUCCGUGUGCAGAAGAAUAAAGAGUGCCCACCAAGGAGCUUCUUCUGGCUCAUCCCACUGCUCAUCUUCCUCAUCCUGCUCCUGGGGCUGCUGCUGCUGCUCUGCUGGAAGUUCUGUGCCUGCUGCAAGGCUUGCCUGGCCCUGCUUCCCUGCUGUGCACGAGGUCGCACCGUUGGCUUCAAGGAGGACCACUACAUGCUUCGGCACAGCCUCAUGUCCUCUGACCACCUGGACACGCCCAUGGUGCGCAGUGGAUCCCUCAAGGGUCGGGAUACUGUCCGCUGGAAGAUCCACAACAAUGUCCACAAGCAGGGCUUUGCCUCCCCCCCUGCCACCAACCCCAAAGACCUCAUUCCCUAUGGGCUGUCUCUGAGGCUGGCAAGGCUUUUCACGCAGAACCUGACAAAGCCGGACACCCGGGAGUGCGAGCAGCUGCGCAAGGAAGUGGAGGAGAACCUGAAUGAUGUUUUCAAGCACAUCCCUGGCUGCCACAAGCUCCAGCAGACCAAGUUCAGGUUACAGCCCAAUUCUGGGAAAAGGCAGGAUCACACCAUUGUGGACACAGUGCUCACUGCUCCUCGCUCAGCCAAGCCAGACAUCAUCAAAGCUGUGGAAAAACACGUUUCCCACGAGACUUUCAACGACCUGAAGGUUGCGCCGGGUUAUUACACUGUGACCUCAGACCAAGAUGCUCAGGGGAUGGUGGAGUUCCAGGAGGCCGUGGAGCUGGUGGAUGUCCGUGUCCCGCUCUUUAUCAGGGAGGAGGAUGAUGAUGAGAAGCAGCUGCAGGUGGAGGCCAUCGAGGUCCCCAAUGGCAUCGCAAAGAUCGGGCGCAGGGUUGUCAACAUCACCAUCAUCAAAGAACAAGCCAGCAGCCUCAUCACCUUCUUGCAGCCAGCCUAUUCCCACAGCCGCUUUGACAAGCUGGCCAAGAUCCCUGUCCUCCGGGAGAUCAUAGACAACGGGAAAUCCCAAGUCACCUACAGGACCCGGGACCUCACUGCCAAGAAUGGCAGGGACUAUCUCUUCACAGAGGGUGAACUGGUCUUCCAGCCUGGGGAGACCCGAAAGGAGGUGCAGGUGCCCUUGCUGGAGCUGACUGAAAUAGAUACCCUCCUAAACAACUGCCAGCUCAAGCAAUUUGCCAUCGACCUCCUCCACCCCAAGUACGGCGCCAAGAUCGGCCGAUACCCCCAGACCACGGUGACCAUCGCCGACCCAGAGCUGGUGGAUGGUGUCCCAUCAAUGACUGGCCUGGCCCAAGUCCCCCAGUCCCCCAAAGGCCGCCUGAGUGCACCACUUAAUCCCAAUGCCCGUGCCCUCAGCUCCAGGGAAAUCAGCUUCAACUGGUUUCCUCCACCGGGAAAACCUCUGGGGUACAAGGUGAAAUACUGGAUCCAAGGGGACCCUGAGUCAGAAGCCCAUCUCAUUGAUGUCAAAACACCAUCAGCAGAGCUGAGUAACCUCUACCCCUUCUGUGACUAUGAGAUGCAAGUCUGUGCCUACAACGCCCUGGGUGAGGGGGCUUACUCUGACAUCAUCCACUGCCGCACACUGGAGGAGGUGCCCAGCGAGCCUGGUCGCUUGGCUUUCAAUGUUGUGUCUUCCACUGUGACACAGCUGAGCUGGGCUGAGCCUGCGGAAACCAACGGGGAGAUCACGGCUUAUGAAGUCAGUUAUGGACUUGUCAACGAGGACAACAUACCCAUCGGCCCGGUGAAGAAGGUGCUGGUUGAGGACCCGAAGAAGCGCAUGGUGCUGAUUGAAAACCUGCGGGAGUCGCAGCCCUAUCGCUACACAGUGAGGGCCAGGAACGGUGCUGGCUGGGGGCCUGAGAGAGAAGCCACCAUCAACCUCGCCACGCAGCCCAAGCGCCCCAUGUCCAUCCCCAUCAUCCCUGAUGUCCCCAUCGUCGAUGCAGAGGGAGGUGAGGACUAUGACAGCUACCUGAUGUACAGCACGGAUGUGCUCCGCUCUCCGGCCGGCAGCAAGCGCCCCAGCGUCUCUGAUGAUUCAGGCUCCAGGUGGAAAUAUGUGCAGCUGCUGGGAGAAGACCUGGACCUUCGCCGCAUCACCUGGAGGCUCCCCCCUGAAACCAUUCCCCGCCUCUCUGGCAGCAGCCGCCUCUCCUCGGACGCCGAGGGUCUCCUCCACGAGGAGGACAGCGACGUGGUUACUGGCAGUGUGAGGAGGAGCGGGACACCCCGGCCCCAAGCAGAGCACUUGCUGAACGGCCGCGUGGACUUCUCCUUCCCCGGCAGUGCCAGUGGCUCCCUGACCAGGACAACCAACACCAGCUACCACCAGCUGAGCUCCCACGUGCAUCAGGAGCACAGGGUGAUGGGGAGCUCCUCGCUGACAAGAGACUACUCCACGAUGCAGAUGGGGCAUGAUUACCCAGGGACACUCCUCCCUCCCAUCCGUGAAGAUGCUGGGAGGACGAUCCCACAGCCCUGGGAUGUGGGUUUCAGGAGCAGGGCAAAGGUGAAGGGUUACUACCCCAGCAUUGGCUUUCGGGACUCUAUAAACAUGACUGAUGGGUCCACAGGGAUUUGCAAGUACAUAGACUCCAGGAAGCCUCUGGGCAUCCCUGACACCCCCACACGCCUGGUGUUCUCUGCCCUGGGACCCACCUCCCUGAAGGUGAGCUGGCAGGAGCCACGCUGCGAGAAGGAGGUGCAGGGCUACAGUGUGCAGUACCAGCUCCUCAGCGGAGGAGAGGUGAACAGAAUCACCAUCCCCAACCCCAGCCAGAACUCGGUGGUGGUAGAGGACCUGCUGCCCAACCAUUCCUACAUCUUCAAGGUGAAGGCUCAGAGUGAGGAAGGCUGGGGCCCCGAGAGGGAAGGAGUCAUCACCAUAGAGUCCCAGGUGGACCCGCAGAGCCCGCUCAGUCCUGUACCAGGCACACCCUUCACACUGAGCACCCCCUGUGCUCCUGGACCACUGGUUUUCACAGCCCUCAGCCCAGAUUCCCUUCACCUCAGCUGGGAGAGACCCCGCGAGCCCAACGGGCCCAUCUUGGGCUACAGGAUCACCUGUGAGAUGCUGCAUGGAGGAGGGGAGCCCAGGACAAUCUAUGUCGAAGGAGACAAUCUGGAAACCACCCUGACUGUGCCCCACCUGAGUGAGAAUGUCCCAUACAAGUUCAAAGUGCAAGCCAACACCACCCAAGGCUUUGGGCCAGAGAGAGAAGGCCUCAUCACCAUUGAAUCUCAGAACAGAGGUGCUUUCUCCCAGUUUGGAGGACAGCAGUACAUGAGGGAAGAAGUGUACAAAUUCCCCACCGAAUACACCACCAAAACCAGCAUCAGCCAUUCCUCUUUGGAUCCCCACUUCACAGACGGAAUGCUCGUGACGAGCCAGCGAGUGGAGAACACCAGCAGCACCCUCACCCAGGAGUUUGUGAGCCGGACCGUGAUGUCCAGCGGGACCCUCACCAAGCAGGUGGAGAGGCAGUUCUACGAGGCCUGAGCCGGGGCAGGCUGAGCACCAGCGGGACAUUUGGGAUCACGUGGCAGAACUUUGUGGAACGACCCAAGGGCGCUUCCUCCAGAUGCUGCUGCGGUGCCUGGGCAGCUCCUGCUGUGGGUACAGACCCUCCCUGGCACUCCAAGCUCUGGACUUCUCCUUUGGAGCCCAGUGCAAUCAGAGCUCUGGCACAGCUCGGUCAUCAGGUGUGUGAUGAUCAAGCUCAUCCUUCAGGGUGGAAAUUUGGGUGUCUCCAUGGCUCCAGCCUCCCCAGGUAAAUGGAGCAGAGUGCUUUAUUCUCAGGUCCUCAGUUUUGAGAGGAACUCAACUGGGAAAAUCCUGAUUUAUAGAGGGUCACAGUUUCCACCUUUGCUCCAGGCUCUCUGGCAACUCACCUGCCCACUGGAGAGGGUGGUUUGUUCUGUGUGGAGUUUUUUUUAUGAGAGUUGCAAGGUAGGGGUUUGGGGUAACCUGUGCUUUCUUACUGCACCUAGUUGUGUCUGUCCUUCACUGCUGACAUUUGGUACCACUAUAGCAAAGAAUAACCUUUUGUUUGUGUAGUGUUACUCAUUGAUGGCCUCUGAUGCUUUUUUUUUUUUUGGCAUACAAUAUUGUACAGUUUUCAUAGUAUAUAUAUAUAAAUAUAUAUAAAUGUAUUUUAUUAUUUUAUACAAAAAAUGGAGGUGGAUAAGAUCUAUGCUGAAUGUAGGGGCUACACUGGGACUGUCUGUGGCUGCUGAGAAACAUGAAUAACUAGAAGAAGUUUGUUAAGGGCUUGAUUCAAAAGCCACUUGAACCCUGUGAUGAGCCUGUUGAUGAGCUGGUGGGCUCUGCCUUGGACUUUAUAUCCUCAAGCACCAGAGACUCCUGCAGAAGGGUGCAAGUGGCCAAACCUGCUUGCUGCAGGGCAUCCACCAGCCAAGUACUCUCCAGCCAUGGCACAUGGGCACAGAAGGGGCUGGAGGCUGCCCAGAGGUGAGGGAUGGGGAUGGCCCCGGUGGCAGAGAUGGGAACAGUGCUGGGCUUUCUUACGUGGCUGAUGUGGACAGUGUGAGAUUUCAGGGCAGAUGAUGCUGGGUAUCUUUUAAAAGACUUCUUGUCCAGCAGCAACAUCCAUAAAGGGACCUGUGAUCCACCAGUAAGCACAAGGGAAGAGCAAACCUUGGAACAGGAGGUGCUCCCAUCAUCCUGAGAUUCCUUCAGUCUCAGCUUCAGCUCUCCUUGCACAGUGCUGGGCUGAGCUGAGACCUUGCUGGGCUUCAUUUCCUGACUCUGGGCACGAUGCCCAGCAUCUCCCUGCCCUCUGCCAGUGAGAACAAUUGAGCAGCACGUUUCCCUGGCGUGUUCCAGCAGCACGGGAGCAGGCGAGGAGCCUGCGGAGAGCCAGGAGCCUGCCCAGAGCAGCAGCUGCCACUGCCCCAGGCUAGAGCUUCCAACCAAAACAGCAGCUGCCUGGUCACCCUGGCAGCAUCACUGGCCUGGUUUCAUCUGGCAAUGGACCUUGGCUUUUCUUUUUUUUAUUCUUCCUUUUUUUUUUUCUUUUGGUUUUUGUUUUUUGGGCUUUUUUGGCUUCUUUUUUUUCUUUUGGAAUCUGAAGAACUCAGCACUGAGCAUUCCCUCUCCUCUCCAGGCUUUUCAUUUCACUAGGAAGGGUUGUACACCUUUAAGCCAAAGAUGCACGUGGGUGAGUAAAGUCCACAGGAGUCUGCAAGAUUGCAGCCGGAGCUGGGUCAGUUUUGAACUUGGCUCAAGAGAUACUUUAUCAACCCUGUGGUUUCACUGUGCCUUCAAGAAGCACUUAUUUCUCUUGAUCAAGAGCCAGUGGCAUUAACCUGCCUGUCUCCCUGUUCCCAUCACCCCUCUGUGGUUGGGGUUUCCUCUCCAGCUGACACGUGGACUGGCACAAGGACUCUGUGCCCCUUUUUCCCUGUGCUUUUUGGUCCAUGGUAAAACACUGGAAACUGCCUAAAAAGGGAGCUCCGCGUCCAAGCAUUUUAACCAAAGAUUAUCCCCUUAUCCAAGAGCAGAGCCUGGCCAUCAGCUGCUCUCCAGGGAAUCAUGUCCUCCCCACAUCCACCAUGGCUUGUGCACUAACCCAUGGCUGUCGUUUUAAAUUCCAUCUGGUCAUUAGGGCUGGUGCUGUUUCAGCCUUUCCAAGGCAGAUCCAGAGCAGGUCUUUGAUCAGAUGGCUUCCUAUUGCACUUAAUAAAUGUUUUCUCUACA